CGCGCCGGAAGCGCGCAUGGCAGCCCGGUGACCGUCGCCCAACCGCCCGGGGAAUGAGGUGAAGUUGCUGAGCUGUCUCCAGACGGAGCCAUGCACCACCAAGCUGUUCGUCCCGCGGCACCGGCAGGUCACUGUUCCAUGUAAGAAGAAUUACUGACUGCCAGUAUGGGAAAGAAACGCAUCAAAGGCAGAACUUCACAGUCUGACGAGUCUCCAGAUACGCUGGAACCUGUGUGCAAGCAUAUUCGUAAAGGAUUGGAACAUGGCCAUUUGAAAAAGGCGCUGCUGAAUGUGGAAUGGCAUGUUUGUCAGGACUGCAAGGCAGACAAUAAGACACAAGAGAAAUCCAAGGAGGAGGCUGAUGAAAGCCCUUCAAUAUGGUUAUGUCUAAAAUGUGGCCACAGGGGCUGUGGCAGAAAUUCUCAAGAACAGCAUGCUUUAAAGCAUUAUGCAACGCCAAGAUCAGAUCCCCAUUGUUUGGUUCUCAGUUUGGACAACUGGAGUGUGUGGUGCUACAUAUGUGAUAAUGAAGUUCCCUGUAAUACUUCAAUCCGAUUGGGCCAGACUGUGGAUUAUGUUAGAAAACAAGUUUGUAUUGACUCAUCACGUUCAGUAGAAAAACAACAAGAGAACAAAGGAUUUGACAACAAAAAAGUAGAAAAAGACAGCAAAAAUGAGCAAGAAAAAGAAGUGUCGUUUAAAGAAGAGAAUUCUAAUUCAAGUACUAACUCAGAAGUGACUGUGAAAGGACUUAGUAACUUGGGGAAUACAUGUUUCUUUAAUGCAGUGAUGCAGAAUUUAUCACAAACUCCAGUCCUGAGGGAGCUGCUUAAAGAAGCUAAAAUGCCUGGCACAACAGUUAAAAUUGAGUCACCUGAGUUAUCCAUGGAACCUCAGCUGAUAAAACUAGAUCAGCCAGGUCCUUUGACAUUAGCCAUGUAUCAGUUCUUGACAGAAAUGCAAGAGACAAAGAAAGGAGUAGUCACUCCCAAGGAACUUUUUGCUCAGGUUUGUAAAAAAGCAAUACGAUUUAAAGGUUAUCAGCAGCAAGACAGUCAUGAAUUGCUUCGUUACUUACUUGAUGGGAUGAGAGCAGAAGAAAUCCAACAAGUGAGUGUUGGAAUACUGAAGGCACUGGCUGACUCUAACAAACAAAAUGAGGAAGAACUUAAAAAGAAAAUUAAAGAGUAUGAAAAGAAAAAGGGAAUACAAAGUUUUGUAGAUCGAAUCUUUGGUGGAGAAUUAACCAGUACAAUUAUGUGUGAGGAAUGCAGAACCAUUAGGUCUUUACCACACUGGAACGACCAUGAGAUUGACAGGAGAAUAGUUAAGCAAGAAGGCAUUAUUGGGAUAAUACACCCUGAGAAUGAAGUAUCCUUGGUCCAUGAGUCUUUCCUUGAUCUGUCACUUCCUGUACUAGAUGAUCAGAAAGUAAAAAUUUCAAAUGAGAGAAACAUUAAAAAAAACAAAGAGAAGGAAUCUGAAGAUGAAGAGGACAAAAACAAUGACUGUUAUCUUAAGCAGAGAGAUGAGCCCCCUGGUACAAGUAAGCACCUUCAGAAAAAAGCAAAGAAACAGGCCAAAAAACAAGCCAAGAGCCAGCGCCGCCAGCAAAAACUUCAAGGAAAGGUGCUUCACUUGACAGAUAUCUGUGCAACUGAACAGUCAGAAAAAGAUGUCGAGUAUAACCAAGAAUCAGAGGCAGAAAUGAACUCUGAUGCUCCUGACAUGAAGCAAGAAGAAGAAUCAUCAAAUGAUUGCAAGGGUCACUGCUUAACUCAAAAAGAUUUGAGUGUACAAGGAAAUAGUACAGAAGUUCAGAGCAUGCAUGAAAAUACGCAAAAGUCAGAACAAGAGUGUGUAGAAAGUGAGUCUCUCAAGGAUCUCUCUAUGGAAAGCCUAGAUUCUCCUAUGAAGUUUGUUAAUGGCCUUGACAACCUAUCUUUGAAAGAUGAGGAUGAUGAAAAUGAAGAUGAGGAAGAGCUUGCUACUGACUUUUCAAAACUACAUUUGAGUGCCAGUGCUGAAUCUGGUACAAGUACCUUGGAUGACCUUCAAACUGUUCCCAUCAAAACAUGUGAAGUAUUGAGUGAAGAUCCAGAAACAGCAUUUUGUACUCUUGCAGACAGGGAAGAUCUGAGCCCAGAAGAAGGUUCAAUCCAUCACUGUUUGUAUCAAUUCACCCGCAAUGAAAAACUUACUGAGACCAAUAAACUACUCUGUGAUGUAUGUACACAAAGACAUUACGGACCAAAGAAGAACAUAAAAAGUGAAAAGAAGUAUGUUUAUACUAAUGCCAAAAAGCAGAUGCUAAUUUCUCUUGCUCCUCCAAUUUUAACUCUUCACUUAAAGAGGUUUCAACAGGCUGGAUUUAAUCUAAGGAAGGUUAACAGGCAUAUCAAGUUCCCAGAAGUGAUAGACUUGGCUCCUUUCUGCACAGCUAAAUGUAAAAACGUGGCUGAAGGGAAUACCAAGGUAUUGUACUCUCUCUAUGGAGUUGUUGAGCAUAGUGGAACAAUGAGGUCUGGGCACUACACUGCUUAUGCUAAAAUGAGAAGUAUGAACAACCAUCUCUUUGAUCUUGUCCUUCGAGGACAAUCUCCUCAAGCUUUAGAAACUGAACUAGUAAAAGGGCAGUGGUUCCACAUCAGUGAUACCCAUGUACAAGCUGUGUCUGUAUCGAAAGUGUUGAGCUCACAAGCCUAUCUCCUGUUCUAUGAGCGACUGCUGUAACUCAUCUGAGAAGCCACCUUAUAUGUGCAGCCAUCUUGCAGGCAGGCAGAGACUUGCAAAUCAUGUUGGAGCUACUGUAUACCACUGCAGGAAUAUACUUUAUGCUUCUCAGACACACUGAAAGUGGUUAACUUAUACUUUUUCCAGUGUUUUCACUACUUUUCAAUAAAAGGGUUUUUUCAAAAUUACACCUUUGAGCUUCUGUUUAGUAAUUUAUGUGUUGGCACAGACAAGCAACCACUACUUUUAGUUUCCUGCAAGUGCUCUACAUCUUAGUCAGCAGCCCUUUCACUUUAAAGGGACCAGCUAUAAUUCUGAACUGUAGUUAUUUCUGCUAUCAUCUGUUCCAUCUGUAUUUUAGAACUGAGUUCCAAGCAUCAGAAGCUGUUUCUUCCUACACAUCUUAGAGCUGAGACAAAUUCAGCAUCAGCUCUCUUUUCAACUGUUGGUUUAUGCCCAAUAAAGGACCCUCAGUUUGCAAACUCUCUAGGAAUUCUUUUGCAUGGGAACCUUAUGCUGGUAUUUUGGCAAGGCUGAGAGCUCAGAUCUCUCUCCCUUUUGCUACAGGCACUCCAGCAUAGCCUUUCUGCAGUGGAGCGGUAAGAAAACUGGUCCUGCAGUGACUUGUAACUCUAAAGUUCUCAAGAGGCAAGGCUUCACAUUGGGUUUCACAUAAAUAAAAUCUUGGCUUCUCCAUGCUAGAGCAGCAGCUGCUUACAUUCAGUGCAUUAUUCACAACCUUACUAAGAAAAUGGGCAGUCUUGCAUGUUCUUGUUACCCUUGCAGUCAUCAGCAGUAGUACUUGUGCAGCUGACUGUAUCAGUAUGCCAAUCCUUCUGAAAACUUGCCGAGUUUAUUUUUCAGCUACACCAGCAACUGAUUAUAAAGUGAGCAUCAGCGAAGCUGGUGUAUAGCAGCCUUAUUUAGGCAUAAGAUAGUUCCAGACUUGAUUUAGCCUUCCACUCCCUUCUGGCUGUGAAAUAGAGUAGCACUGGCAAGAGUAAUAAAAGGAUUAAUUAUUGAAGUGUCUUGAAUUUCAAGUGCAGUUCUCCUUUCAAUCUACUCUGAGACACAGGCUGUUUACUUUCCAGGAAGAGUCUUAACAGUUGAGAGAUUCCAGCACUGCAUCAUGCUAGCUAUUGGUGCUCAGUGAUUAUUUUUAAGGCCAUUAGAAUGAGAUGCAGUUCACUGCUGUCAGGCUGCCAUCUUGAUAGUGUGGAGACUUAAAGGGUGAGGAUGAACUAGAUGCGUCUAACAAAAACGAAUGUAGGCAUGGACUACAGCCCUGCUGCCAUACUUAAUUAUUUCAGUGUUCAUUUGACUCUUUACACUCAAAAUACUGGUAAGAAGCAUAAUUAAAAGCACCAAGUGCUGCAGCAGUUAUAAAUGAUGCUUUCCUGAAGUUACGAGCUCCCUGCAGUAGGCCCUGGGUCAGUCUCGCUCACGUAGCAGCACUGGGUGCAGGUGCCGUGGUGGCAGGGCGAGCCGCAGGGACGGCCUCUCUGAGGAGAGGGCCUGGGGGGGGACACCGCCAGCUGCAGUGUGCCCACUGCAGGGCACAGCUGAGCCCCUCAGACAAGAUGGCGGCACCGCAAGGAAGGGCAGAACGCUGCCUGCACGUGAGGGGAAAAGUGUGAGAAACAGCCCUGCCAGCACCCCCGUGAGAGGAGGAGAUGCUCCAGGAACCCGCACAGAGAGCAGGCGGGAGCAGGCUGUCCCCCCGUGGCUCGUGGAGGAGCGUGCUGGACGUGAGCAGGACAGAGGAGGCGGAUGUGCGCCUCGGAGAAAGCUGCAGCCUGGAGCAGGUUUCCCUGCCAUGAACUGCAGCCCCUGAAGGACCAGGCAGCAACAGUUGUUCCUGAUGGACUGUACCCUGCCCGGAGAACCCCCGUGCUGCGGCAGCUCGGGAAGGCCUGCACCCCUGCAGAGGGGAGGCGGGGGGAAGCGUACGCAGGGAGGAGCAGCAGAGGAGCUGUUACAGACUGACCCCAGCCCCCCCUCACCACGCUGUGGGGGAAGAGGUAGAGGAGUUGGGAGUGAAGGAGUACAGCUGAGCCUGGGAAGAAGGGGAGGUGAACAGGAAGGCAUUUUUGUUCUUGUUUCUCACCCUCCAACUCUAUUUUUAAUUGGUAAUAAAUUAAUUUUCUGCAUGUAGAAGAUGUUUUGCCUGCGCCAGUAAUUGGUAAUUGAUCUCCCUGCCUUUAGCUUGGCUCAUGAGCUUUUUCUAUUUAUUUUCUGCAUCUGUUGUGGUGAGGAAGGAGCAGCCAGCCCACCACACCCCUGCCUGCAUAUUCAUAUACUGGGAACAACCAUGUCAUGCGAAGUCCAAAUAAAAUGACAGUUAACAUUUUAACAGUGAGUACGUUUAUUGAAGUGUUUGACAUUCUGCACUCCAAUGGACGCAGUUCAUAACUUAUAGGCAACAGAGCAAAAC